CGGCGCUUUCAUUGGUCCGCGCUGAUUCUGUGCGCCACUGUCGUAGCUUGCGAAGGGGGAGGACGACAGGAGCAGAUAUCCGUUUGGACCGAGAGGGCUGUUCAUCUCCGCUUGUUGUAGAUAGAUCAUGGAGCCAGAAAGUGACCCACAGGAGGAGGAGACUUUCAAAGAGAGUAAUGGUAAGCGUUCUGCUGAGGAUACGGAGGAGGAGCAGCCUCAUAAGCGAUCCCGAAACUCUGACGACAUGGUGGAGCUCAGAAUUCUGCUACAGAGCAAAAAUGCCGGCGCAGUGAUCGGAAAGGGUGGGAAGAAUAUUAAAGCCCUGCGCACAGAUUACAAUGCCACUGUGUCAGUCCCAGACAGCAGUGGGCCCGAGCGAAUCCUAAGCGUCAGUGCAGAUAUUCCCACGGUGGCUGAGAUAUUGCUGAAGGUCAUACCUACUCUGGAAGAGUAUCAACAUCAUCAUGAUGUGGACUUUGACUGCGAACUGAGGAUGCUCAUCCAUCAGAGUCUAGCUGGGAGCAUCAUUGGCGUGAAGGGCGCUAAGAUUAAGGAACUUCGUGAAAGCACCCAGACCACCAUCAAGCUCUUUCAGGAGUGCUGUCCUCAGUCCACUGACCGCGUGGUGCUCGUGGGGGGCAAAGCGGAGCGGGUGGUGCAGUGCAUUAAGACCAUGAUGGAGCUCAUUGUGGAGGCUCCCAUUAAAGGUCGAGCUCAGCAGUACGACCCUAACUUUUACGAUGAGACGUAUGACUACGGCGGCUUCAGUGUAAUGCAUGAAGAUCGGGGCCGUCGGCCUAUGGGCGGCUUCUCCUCAAGGGGGCGUGGCAGCGGCGGAGGCUUUGAUCGAAUGCCCCCCAGCGGGGGUCGUGGCGGACACCACAUGCAAAACAGGAGAGACUAUGAUGACAUGAGCCCACGCAGGGGCCCCCCUCCUUCCCAGAGAGGGGGAAGAGGAGGGAGUCGUCCUCACCGGAGCAUGCCCAUGGGACCCCCACACCACAGGAGAGGUGAUGAUCAGUACUCCUACAGCUCCCAGCGUGGCCACAUGGACGAACGGCGGCAUGGGGAAAGACGAGGGCGCAAUGAUCGUUAUGGAGGCAGCAUGGUCAACAACAGUUCAUCUUGGGAUUCUUCUUAUCAGUCUGGUGGAAGGAGCAGUUACACGGAAGGUCCUGUGAUCACCACACAAGUGACUAUUCCUAAAGAUCUGGCGGGAUCCAUCAUCGGUAAAGGCGGUCAGAGGAUCAAGCAGAUUCGCCAUGAGUCCGGAGCCUCGAUCAAAAUAGACGAGCCCCUGCAGGGUUCAGAGGACCGCAUUAUCACCAUCACCGGGACCCAAGACCAGAUCCAGAACGCUCAGUACCUGUUACAGAACAGCGCUCUACACCUCUUGGGACGCCAGAACUGACCAGCCCACCUUUCUCAGGAUGGCCAUCCAGCUGCAGCUCAAGUCCCCGUCAGCAGCACGUGAUGGCCUGACCCUGUCCGUCACCUUCAUAGCCCUCUGAUUGUCCUCGAUUGUGGAUUUUGUGGGAUUGUUCUUUCUUUUGCUUUGUUUUUAUACAUAUUAAUUUUAUAUGGGCCAACUAUCACGGCACAGAAGUCUUGGAUGAGCAGAAAACUGCUGUUGUUGUUGUUUUCCCUCUUGGGGUGAAUGUUUUGUGAGUUAUGAAACUUUUCCACUAUUCCAAACACUUGGUCCAGAAUGUGCACAGUCACACAACAAAUAUUAUU